CGCUGUCCUCGGUCGCGUCUCAAGGAGGAAGUUCACCGACGAAACGCUUCCAAACGAUGAAUCAUUUAGAAGAUCGAGAAAAAAAUGACGGACUACGCUAAGCCCAUUUCUCCCUGACUACACUACCCAGAAGCGCCGAGCAGCGAGUUCACGCAGGCGCAGUCGUGGCGCCACCCGGUGACGUGAGCGUGUUGUCCUAAUUUUGUUGUUGUCUGUAGCCGGGGCCAGACGUUCACAUACCUCAAACAUGUAGCGCACGAUAUGUAGGACUGGGGUUCUCUACCAUCUAGCUAGUUUGGGUCUUCGGUGUUUCGAUAAAACCCCUUGACUUUAGGUUAUUCCCCGUGGUUUGGUCCUCUCUAGAUAGCCUUAGCUACAGUGUGCUGACUGCGAUGCGUUCGCUGUUCCUUCAUCGCCGUCAGCAGAUCCCAAGCUAAGCGAGCUAGCUCCUAUUCUUAACCAUGCUGUACGCCGCGACCGGCUCUCUGUGAACGACCACAACAUAGCUGGCCUCUCCUCCGUGAUCCAGAGGAAACACCCGUUUUGGUCGGUGCUUCUCCGCAUGUUCGAUGGCCGCUGAGAUGUGGCAGAGUGUGGGGCUCACAGUGCUGGUCAUUGUGGCCACACUGGUCUGCGUGCUGCUCUUCAUGCUCUUUGGCUGGUACGUGGUGUGGCAGCUCUUCCUCUCCAAGUUCAAGUUCCUCCGCGAGCUGCUGGGUGAAGCCGGCACCCCCCAGGCCGAGACCCAGCCGGCUGGACCCCCCGCCGAGCGUUCGGCCGCCGCCCCCACUCGCUCAAGGCCCAGGAGCUCCCGCCAAAGAGUCACACCGACAGAACCCGCCUCCUAGACCCCGGGACAGCCAACCGGCGUCCUUCCUCCCCGCCAAGCCGGCCUCUAAUUGGACAGCUCCUCUCUCCCCCGCACCCCCCCCCCCCUCCGCACCCGUGGCUGACCACUGUAGGUCGGUCGUUACACAGGGGGCCGGCGUGCCCAUCCACUCUAUACUCUGAUAUACAUAUAGUCUGCACUACCUGAUUGGUCAACACGAAGCCCCGCCCAUUCUUGAAACUUUGCACGAACCGUGAAAUGCUUCCUCGGUUUGAGAGGAUAAGCCAUUCAAUAUGCUUCACGUCCCCUUUCACCUGUCUGUGUGUGUGUGUAUACGUGUAUGCGUGUGUGUACAUAUGUGUUGUUGUAGGCAUGCACAGUCCAGUGGGCUUAGUGAGGGGGCUCCACUGCUACUACUUAACGCAAACCGUCUGUCUCGGCAGCGAGACUGCUGCUGGCCGUCAUCACAGAGCGAACGUGUUCGUACUGCACAAGACAUAACUGACCUUUAGAUGACCUUCUGAUCAUGACACGUUGUGGGUGUGCGUGUACACUUUACUCUUAAACAUGUAGUACUUUUUCAGUUGCGACGCCUGCUUACACGGAUAGGCCCUGAUAACGGUUGACUGUUUAACUGUAACUCUGUUGUCGCUGCUUCACUAAAGGGACAACUCGAUAAACUGAAAGCCCUGGACUCUGUCACUGAUGUCUGAUCUAACCCAUGUUUGUUUUUUUGUUUUUAUAUGAACCAGGACACUUUGUGAAAAAUGGCUGUGGUGGAAGGGAACGUUUUUACGAAUGUUUUUAUGCGUUUGUCUGGUCGGACAGAGUGGUGGAUGAUGUCCAGAUUGCCAGGAGAGGUGGGAGGAGGAACAAAAUAAAGUUUUCAUUCCACUUGAUGAAGAUCUUUUGUUUUUGUUUACCGUAUUUGGAACGACCGCAACGUUGCAAAACCGAGAGCAAACACCACAGCUGUUGGCUCUUUAUUUUUAUGCAGUUCAGCUGAUGUGAUCUUUGAGGAUGAUACACAUCCUGUAGCUUUCAUGUGUUUCCUCUUUCUCACACGCAGAUCAAACACCCCCCCACCCCCUUACUGAGCUGCAGUAUUCUGACAUUUAAUUGCUUAACAUUUUGGGCUGUGAAGCUCUUAAGGCUAUCAAAAAAAGUAGUUUGUGUGUGCUUGUGUGGCAGCAGCAUUGGCCUACUUCUAGUUUUUGACCACAUGGGGGCAAUAUUGCACCAUUAUAAAUAAGUCCUGUACCUCCGUAGCCGUUUUUCCUUCUCAAUGAAAUGUUGAUCAAGAAACCAAAACAUCGUUGUUCCGUUUUGUUCUUAUGGUGAAAUUCGCAGGAUUGUGUAGUUCAGAUACUUUGUUAUUGAAUAACUAUUUGCAGCCAUCAAUCUCAAUGGCGCAUCAUCAUAUCACCUGUAACUGCACUUUAUAAACAUAACAAGUGACGACAAAAUAUGAACACGUAAUGUCGACUCUUUUUACACGCAUGUGCAUAUUCCAGAUUAACGUUUAUCCAGGUUAAGCAGACUGUGAAAAACAAGUUGAGCCGCUGUGUUUAAGGUCUGUGUGAGGAUUCAAAUGGUAGAUCUGCUAGUGGUUGCUCAAUAUUCUCAGCGUUUUAUAACAACCGCAAUAUCGUCUUGACACAUGAGGCCCGAUUG